AUGGAGAAAAGAGGAGGAAGUAGUGGUGGCUCGGGAUCAUCGGGAGAAGCAGAGGUGAGAAAAGGACCAUGGACCAUGGAGGAAGAUCUCAUUCUUAUCAACUAUAUCGCCAACCACGGCGAUGGCGUUUGGAACUCUCUUGCCAAAUCUGCAGGUCUAAAACGCACCGGAAAAAGUUGCCGGCUCCGGUGGCUGAACUAUCUCCGCCCUGACGUACGACGGGGAAACAUCACGCCGGAGGAGCAACUUAUCAUCAUGGAACUUCAUGCUAAGUGGGGAAACAGGUGGUCGAAAAUCGCCAAGCACCUUCCAGGAAGAACCGACAACGAAAUCAAAAAUUUCUGGAGAACAAGAAUCCAAAAAUACAUCAAACAAUCCGAUGUAAUAACAACAACAACGUCGUCCGUUGGAUCUGGAUGUUCAGAGAUCAACGAUCAAGCUGCAAGCACGUCGAGCCAUAAUGUCUUUUGUAAACAAGAUCAAGUGAUGGAGACUUAUUCUCCUACAACAACGUCGUAUCAACAACAUCCCAAUAUGGAUUUCAACUACGGUAACUAUCCCGCGGCCGCGACCACGACAACGACGGAUUAUCCGAUUCCAAUGACCGUUGAUGAUCAGUCCGGUGAAAGCUAUUGGGGUAUGGAUGAUAUUUGGUCAUCAAUGCAUUUGCUGAAUGGUAAUUGA